AUGUCUUCGAAGCGCCAGGUCCCUCAUAAAGGACAAGAGUUCUCUACGGAGGAUGAUGUUCAAGAAGUUGAAGAAGACAUAGCCAUGCAACAAGCAACCCACCCUCAACCUUCGCCGAGAGCUCGUCCUUUAAGAAAGCAAAAUUCGACCAUCCGACGGAGGGCCAAUCCUCGAGUCACCCCGUUGACACGAGCAGAAGCAGAUUCUGACAACGAUAGAGACGACCAGCUAGGUUUGCCGGGAUCGAGUCUCGAGCAAAGUGGUACGGAUAAUUUCUCUCGGCAGCCAGACCUCGACUUUCAAAUCAGUGGUGGUAGUGGUGGUGAUGAUGGUGGUGGUGGCGGUGAUGAUGAUGAUGGUGACGACCACAACGACAACGACGACCACAACGAUGGCGACGACGACGAUGUCAGCAACAGCGAAGAGACUGGCAAAGACAACGGCGAAGACGAUGACGCCGAGGCGACCAGUGAUGCUGAAAGCUUUACGCUAAAGGAUCGUCAACAGGCUAUCAACGAAACCCAUCCUUUUGGAAUCCGGAUUUGGAAACCCGCCUUGUACAAAAAAAGCCGCUCAGUUGAAAAGACCGCAGAAGGCGAUAUCCACUCGUCUCCGGGCGGUCGUGUAGGAAACUUGCUUCUCCUAACCAACUUGUUAUGGACUGUGUUCUUUGGGUGGUGGCUCGCCCUGGCAGCUCUUACAGGUGCUGUCGCAUGCUUUAUCUUCGCUUAUUCCUCCAGUGCCGUGGAAUACGGGCGAGUCUUUUCGGGGCUUUCUUGGUAUCUUCUAUAUCCGUUCGGUUCCUUUGUACGGCUAGAUACCGAUGAGAACUACGCGGAGGAAGAUGAAGGUGAAGGCCGCAGCAUCAGUGAGUAUGAGCAAUGGCAGAAUGGUGACUUGGAGCAUGGCAGGUUAUUUUUUGGUCCUCGCCGCAACCAAUCUUUGGUGGGGAGGAGAAGAAACAGCGUCGAUUCCUCCAGCGAACAAGAUAGCCUUCUGGGACGAGCUCGUCGGGGCAGUUCUCAAGACAGCCCCCUAGGCCAUUCUAAGCGACGUUUAUUUGGCCGAGGAGAGUGGACUUUGGGACGCGUUGUCUUCUUCGUCUUCUUUUAUUUUCUCGUGGGACCGCUGAUGCUCCUGGUGUCGCUCCUAUGCUGGCUCCUUGUCUUCUGGAUUCCCAUGGGACGUGUAACCAUCAUCUUGUUUGACCACCUUCGCCGCCAUCCGCUAGCCCUGUCGUACCAUUCUGAUUCAUCGUCUACGAGACACGGCCCCGGAUCCGCUUCGUCCGUCUUGUUAUGCACCUACCGCGCUGCUGGUUUGAGAUAUUGGAAAUACACCGUGGGCGGCACUAACAUCUUUUUGAUCAACCUUCUUGGUGUCGUCUUAUUUGUCAUUGUUGAUUACUUUCUUCUCUUCAAAACCCUGGGUUUCCAAGGUUUGUUAACGCAUCCUGGCCUGAUCUUUGCCCUUGCCCUUGUUUCCAUCAUCCCUUUGGCCUACUUUAUCGGCCAAGCUGUUGCCUCCAUAUCGGCACAGUCAUCCAUGGGCAUGGGUGCGGCCGUCAACGCAUUUUUCUCCACCGUGGUUGAGGUUUACCUUUAUUGCGUAGCCUUGACCGAGGGAAAGGGCCAGCUUGUCGAGGGCAGCAUCAUCGGCAGUAUCUUUGCGGGUGUCCUCUUUCUUCCCGGGCUGUCCAUGUGCUUCGGUGCGAUCAAGCGCAAAACCCAACGCUUCAAUGUCAAGUCGGCUGGAGUAACUUCCACCAUGCUAAUGUUUGCUGUGAUUGCUGCAUUUGGACCCACGCUUUUCUACCAGAUAUAUGGCAGUCAUGAACUCAAUUGUCGUCCGUGCCUUGUCGGUGCGGAAUCUGGCAGCAGUGAUUGCCGCCGUUGCUACUUUUCCCAAAUUCCGGCCGUCAAUGAUAGUUUUUUCCGAAAGGCGGUGCAGCCUUAUUCGUGGUUUGCAGCGCUGUUUCUGUUUCUAUCAUAUAUCAUUGGCCUGUGGUUUACAUUGAGGACCCAUGCGGCUCUUAUUUGGGCUACAGAGGCCGAGGAAAAGAAGGCCGUGGCGCUCGCUCAAGAGCAGACGCCUUAUGGACCAAGACAUCUUCUCUUUCACAACGGGUCAUCGGGGCUUCCCAGUGGGAGCACCGGGCCGAAAGGCUCUGUGCGCGACUCUCAGCUUUACAAGCGGAUCUUAGGACAGUCCCUAAGACAUGUCGGCCUGUCAGAUGUUGCAGCCGAAUCUGCGACAGAACACUCCGAGCCUAGCGUGAGGCGUAACAAGGGAACCCCCCAUCUCGUUCCGCCUCGUUCGCAGGAUGAUGAAGAUUAUGACUCGGGGUUCAAGAACUUCGGAGUAUUAUCUAGCAAGGACAACGAGCAUUUAGUGCGCCAAGUAACAGAGGUAGCAGCAACUGCGGCUGCUGUUGCUGCGCGAGAUGUCGCUCGAACUCGGAAACCGUCCGUCCAGCAUCCACCGCCUCGUCAAGGCAGCAAAGGCUCUGCAGACCCUGUAAAGGCCGUGCUAGAGGAACACGACGAUAUCGGACUCGAACAUGGCCACACCAGUGGCGGACAUGACGCGCCUAACUGGAGCAGGGCCAGAAGCUCCAUAAUUCUUCUGGUAGCCACAAUUCUCUACGCAGUAAUUGCAGAAAUUCUUGUCAACACCGUUGAUGUGGUGCUUGAGAGUGUCGAUAUUGACGAGAAGUUCCUUGGCAUCACUCUCUUUGCUCUGGUGCCCAACACUACCGAAUUCUUGAAUGCUAUUUCCUUCGCCAUGCACGGAAACAUCGCGUUGUCCAUGGAGAUUGGCUCUGCGUAUGUGCUGCAGGUUUGCCUUUUGCAAAUCCCUGCCCUCGUGCUCUUCAGCGCCAUUUAUGCUCAAUUAAUAGAGCCCGCAGAACUACUUUCACGGUCUUUCAACCUCAUAUUCCCUCAGUGGGAUAUGAUCUCGGUCAUUCUUUGUGUUUUCCUUCUAUCAUACGUACAUGGAGAAGGGAAGAGCAACUACUUCAAAGGUUCUAUUCUUGUCUUGACGUAUCUGGUCGUCGUGAUCGGCUUCUAUCUUUCUGGGUACAGCAACAUGGACACCAUGGGUAUUGAUCGCUUCGAUACCUUGGCGCUUGGGUCUGAAAACUCCGAAAAAUUCUACACUAUCGGCAGGUCAAGAAGCGGCCCCGCUUAUUAG